AUUCUACACAACAAGCAUUGAUCCUAAAAUGAGAAGAAGCAUGAAAUGCGGCAGUCUCUCGAUACAUGAGCUCACGACAUUCGGAAUUCCCGCAUGCAACACUAAUGCCAUCGUCAAAAUUCAUUUAAACCCAGAGAAGCGGUUUCGGUGGACAUGACUCCGAACUCCUUCACAUUCGCAACCAUGCAAAGCUCGAUCGAUCAACUCGCCCAGCAAGACCAUCGUCAACCGGCAUUGCAUGUGCCUCGCACGUUUAGCAAUUUGUCUGCUCCACAAGCCUCGAGUGAUGAGGUUCCGCGAACAACAUACCACACGCCCUUCGAGUGGAGCCACUUGAUUCAAGCCAACGACUCAUCGAUGAAGAUGCACAUUCACAACGCAUUUCGACCAUUUGAGAAUCCUCGUGAAGCACCUCCACCACCAAUUCCAGAAAAGAACAGAUUGAGAAAGCAAGCACGCUUAGAUGAUUUGCACGGGCAAGAAGGAUACGCAAGUCGUAGGAAAAGUUGUUCGGAUGCACUCGAGAGAUCCUCAGAAGACCCAGCAAACAGUCAACACACGGCGGCUUAUACACUUGCGCUGCAUGACGCUGCAAAGCAAAAUCUCGAUCAAUUGCGUGCGCGGAGGAAUAGGCAUACAUAUCAUGAUGGAUAUGACUCAACGCUUGAGCUGCUCCCAGGACUUGCGCAGAUCCUAGCAAAGGACAAAAUCUACGCCACCAACGAAAGCACAAGUCGAUCAGAGCACAUGCCAACCACAGCACCACGAGACUCCAGACUCCAAAGAACAAGGCAGAAGUCGUCAAACCGCGACCAUAUUCCCCAUGAACUAUUCAUCGAAAAUCUGGCAAUCCAAGACUCCAGCAGCGAAGGAUCUCUAACUCCCCGACAAACCCUCCCACUCUUUCCCUCCCCUCCCACAAGCACAAAUCCUCAUAUCCCUCCAUUUCCCACCGAAUCACAUCAAUGGCACCCACACUAUAUCCUCUCUCCCUCUCCCCACCUCAACUCCCACCAUCUCUUUGACCUCCCUCCAGAUCCCUCCCACCCGAAUCCUGCCCUCAAGCUACGCAGAAAGAGUCUUUCCCGCGAACGUGGCCACGCGAAUCUCAAAGCUGAUGCGGCAGCAGGCAAACCUCGAAUUAGAGAUAUGGCUCCGAGGAGACGAGCGAGGACGGUCGAUUUGCUGGUGUCGACGGUCCCGGAGAGAGCGGAGCUUGGAGAUAUGUAGGAUAGGCAUGAGAGAAGCUUGUCAACUGCGGGAGUGGGGAGUGUUUUUGUGAGUGUGAAAGAGGUGGAGGAGGGCCUGUGAGAUGGUCGAAGGGCAUUGAUGAGGCCUGAAACGAAUGGGCGGUGGUAGUUUACAUGGAAGCUUGGGCAAUCUCACUUGAAUCAACAGAUUGGUAAAGGUGCGCGCCG